UCUGCACAUGCGCGCUGGCGGAGAGGGAGGGGGUGGACGUCGGUCCGGCGCAUGCGCCCUGGUCCGGGCCGGGUCGGCAGCGGGGAGGUGACGGGAGCAAGAUGGAGGAGUACGCGCGGGAGCCGUGCCCUUGGAGGAUUGUCGAUGACUGUGGAGGAGCGUAUACAAUGGGCGCCAUAGGUGGCGGGAUUUUUCAGUCUAUUAAAGGCUUUAGAAAUGCUCCAGUGGGAAUGAGUCAUCGAUUUCGGGGAAGCUUAACUGCAGUAAAGACCAGAGCUCCACAGUUAGGAGGUAGCUUUGCCAUCUGGGGCGGUCUGUUUUCAAUGAUUGACUGUGGUUUAGUGAAGGUCAGAGGUAAAGAAGACCCUUGGAAUUCCAUAACCAGUGGAGCUUUAACAGGAGCCAUAUUAGCUGCAAGAAAUGGUCCAAUGGCAAUGGUGGGAUCUGCUGCUAUGGGAGGAAUACUGCUCGCCUUGAUUGAAGGGGCUGGAAUAAUGCUUACGCGAUUUGCUUCAACACAGUUUCCAACGGGUCCACAGUUUGCAGAUGAUCCUAAUCAACUACAAAAUCCAUCGUUUGGUGAAUACAGACAAUAUCAGUGACAUCCAUUUGAUUACUUUUAGUUUUUCGGAUGUUGGCAAAGCAGAUAUCCUUUGAAGAACACUUACGUCUAUGCUUAAAUGCAGCCACGUUUAAGGCAGUUUAUAUUGCAAGGUUGGUAUUGUUAAAGGCCUUUGCAGAAAAUUAAAUGAAUGCAAUGAUUUUCUGUGGCCUUGUAAUAUAUGUAUAUAUGGUAUAUGCCAGACAUUACAUUAUGUAACGGAGAUUAUUUUUGUGCCUGAGUUUUAUAUGUUCUCUGGUGAAUAUAUUUGUAAAUCUAUUGGCAUUAUACAUUAUCACUUCAAACCAAGCAAAAUAUAACAAAACUAAUCGUGUUAGGUACUGUACACUUUCAGGCAUUUCAUUUAACUCAAAAUAUUAUUUGGUCUUUGAGUUUAAUGUAUUCAAGGCUCAUCUUGGAAAAUCUCUGGAUUUAAUUUAUUUACUGCUUUCAGCACAAGAUCUAAACACUUGGUGUGACAAGUUGUUUUAAUAUGGUCCUAGUCUUAGAACUGGUGUGAAAUUUGUCACUAUGAAUUUGAAAUUGGAUAGGGGCGAGAAUAUAUUAUUUUACUAUAUCAAGGUAGGAGUUUAGGCAAACAUGUUUAAAACAUUAAUAUUUCUUCCCCAUUCUCAUAUUGUAAACUUACAAGGUAUUGGAGACAGUGACAUUUGUAUUCAAUUAUAAUUGUAUAAUCCACUUAAGCUUCCAUUGAGAGUUAAAUUCUGUCUAUAGUAGUACAGUGAAAAUACUAACAGAAUUAGAUCUUAUUGUUUUGCUGCUCAAUGUUGUUCUGGCAAAAAGACGAACUGUGUCAAUAAAUGAAGUUAGUGUCAUUACAAUGA